AUAAUUAUGCAUACAGUAUAUCCUGCAUACGGUAUACACAUGAAAUAAUUAAUAUUCAUUGUAGUGCAGACUACGUACUACCCAUCAGUAGAAUUUAAAUUCAGCUGGGAUAUUUACUCAUGUACAGUAGACAGACAAUCUAACACUUUUUUGUAUCCCUCUACAGACAUUGACUGUGUAAAAUCCUGACACUGAUAUUUAAAUGUUUUACCCUUUUGAAACAAAAUGCACACCCUGACUGUGAAAUUACCCACAACCUUUCUGUAUGGUCAUUGUUACCAACCGGCCAUUGAUCUUGGCCAGGCAGGAAAACAUCUGUUUGCUGUGGCCACUGGACUCUAGUUAAUAACCACUAAUGGAGAGCAAUACAUUUACAAUUCAUUUCUACAAAAUAAUGCCAAAAUUGAAUAAGAAAGGUAAACAACAACAACAACAGUAUUGAUAAUAAUAACAAUCGGUAACAAGAGGUAUAAAUAGCAUAUUCAAUACUGCUCUAAUAUGUAACAUUUCUUGGCCAGUGCAUUAAGCUAGCUAGCAUCUUCAAACAUUGGUGACGAUUUUCUGACGUAUCGAGUACUGAAUCAAUUAAACUGCGUCAGCCGACAGACUUCCGCCAUGCCCAAUCAAAGGAACUACAACAUGUUUGCGUCCUCCUAGGCAGGACAAAGGUCUGGGGGUUGCGAUUUAGUGGCACAACCACGUGGACAGUUGGCCUCAUCAGAGCCGGGAAUCUCCUUGUUUAUGGGUGGACAGGUCACUACGUGUCAAGGAGGCCCUGACCAUUAAGGCACACUUUACCUGAGCAGCACCAUUAAACCACUGCAUUAGAGAUAUGCCUGUCAUUAAAGUAGACAAGUUGUUAAAAUCGACUCCCAUGGAAGGCCAUGACAUUUUCAGGGGAUGGCACUAAUUGCCUUUUCUUGUGAUUCCACAAACAAAAUCGUGACGCCAUCCCAAGCCUCAUCAAAUCCGAGUAAGAGGAAAGCUCAGCUGAUACAGUCAGAAUAGGCCCAUUAGGGAAGAGGAUGGAAAAAUGACACAAACACUCACACGCUUUUGGAUGUUAUAAGGAAGCCAGCAUCACCAGAGAAAAGCACACAGAACAGGGCAGGUAUAAAUUAGACAUUCAGGAUCUCUUACAGGAAUCAAAAGAUUUCCCAAGAGAGCUUACCACAGAGCAGCGUUCGUGUUCUAGUGAGUCAGUAACUGUCAGCAUCAACUACUCAAGAGAGCACUAAUAUCAAAAAGUCAGCCUUUGUCUCAACUGCGCAAAACAAAACAAAACAAAAAAGAGAUGGGAUCGUUCCUGCUUCCAGUCACAGUGCUGAGUAUGCUGCUGCUGGCGACGACUGUCCAGGCUCAGAGCAGCGGAAGUACGGGUCUGAAGCUCUGUGGACGGGAGUUUGUGCGGGCCGUGGUCUACAUGUGUGGCGGCUCCAGGUGGAGACGAGACCUCACUGGGCCAACAUCUGAAGGUUACUACAGUGACCCGACUGGCCUGGAAUCCACCGAGAGCCCUCUGGAGACACAGCGACAGAGGCGAGAUAUGACCCAGCUCCUCAGUGCCAUCUGCUGUCAGGUGGGCUGCCGCAAAAGCGACAUCAUCAAGCUAUGCUAACAUACUGCAUAUGGACUAAUACUCAAAAUGGGGAUCUUGCCAGCACAGGCCAGACAUGGAAAGGUGACACAUCUCCUUGGUGCCCAAAGUCACACCCUAC